AUGACCAUCAGACACCCUUGGGUGAGCCAGUAUCUGGACGCCCUUGGUCGCGAAUACCAGAAGAUCGUCAAGCCUAUGUUCUACUGGGCGCAGCAGUCAAGGGCCAUUCAAAAACUGGGCACCAUCGAAGGAGUCAACAAGUUGCUCAACAUCAAUGAGGAGCUUGACGAGACUCGGAGCUCAUGUGUGCUCGCGCUCGCGGCCCUGAAAGUCUUCGGGAGCAUCAAUCAUGCGGCCCACUUCGCGCUGUGGGGAAGGCCGACAGACAUGCGCUCGGCGAAGGUGGUGUACGAGGUGUUAUACCACCAGCCACAGCUCAUCGAGUCCCCAUUCUACUGGAUGGGAAACCAGGAGAUGUUGCGCCUGCUCCACAGACACCAUUCUUUCGCCUUUCCCGUUGAAAACGCCGCAAACCCCAAGAAUGAAGAUGAGGAGGACAGGGACGAGGCACGCAGGGAAGUGGAGGCAUACUGGGCGCGGGAAGCUGAGGGUGGCGAGUCUAUCGUCCCGGCCGGCGUUCGGCGCGUCGUGAAAGCUGGGACUCCGCCGAAGCAUGGUAUUCCCGUCGCUGCAUCGCCUUCGUCAUCCUCCAUGUCGGACGAAAAUGAAGAAGUCGACGUGGUCUUGCUGGAGGCGACCGGUUCCACGACAGCACGCAGAUCACUCCGGCAGGCGAUAAAGUGCAACCGGGCACAAAGGAGCAGGGGGUCUAAUACUGCUGUGAGCAAUACGCCUGUGGAGGCGCAGUCGAGUGGUGAGCCGCAGAGCAAGACGCGGCGCAUGCAAAAGCGAGGGAGAGAAGAAGCCGAAGAAGAACAUGGCUGUGAAGAUGAGUCACAGAGAGAACGUGAUGAGGUGCGCCCGACAAGGAGAGCACGUCGUCCAUCUACGAGAACCGGGACGCGUUGA